AUGGUGAAACGAUACCAUAUUAUACUAAAGACGUCUAAAGAAGCGGCCAAGCAGCGUGCUCCAUGCGUAAUAUUUAUAGAUGAAAUUGAUUCUGUAGGUGCAAAACGAACGAAUUCUGUCUUACAUCCAUACGCUAACCAGACCAUAAAUCAAUUAUUAUCUGAAAUGGAUGGCUUCCAUCAAAAUGCUGGUGUUAUAGUUUUGGGAGCAACAAAUAGACGAGAUGAUCUAGAUCAAGCUCUACUUCGACCCGGCCGUUUUGAUGUUGAAGUUGUAGUCUCAACUCCUGAUUUUACUGGAAGAAAAGAAAUACUUUCAUUGUAUUUAUCUCGAAUACUUCACGAUGAAAUUGAUUUAGAUGUUUUAGCUCGUGGAACUUCUGGUUUCACGGGAGCUGAUCUUGAAAACAUGAUAAAUCAAGCAGCAUUAAGAGCCGCUAUUGAUGAGGCAGAAACGGUUACAAUGAAACAUUUAGAAACCGCUCGAGAUAAAGUUCUUAUGGGCCCAGAACGUAAAGCUAGACUACCAGAUGAAGAAGCUAAUUUAAUUACUGCUUAUCAUGAAGGAGGUCAUGCGAUUGUUGCGUAUUUUACUAAGGAAUCACAUCCCUUGCAUAAAGUUACAAUAAUGCCUCGAGGUCCUUCACUUGGACAUACUGCUUACAUUCCUGAAAAGGAACGAUAUCAUGUAACAAAAGCACAACUUCUUGCUAUGAUGGAUACAAUGAUGGGCGGACGUGCAGCUGAAGAACUCAUUUUUGGGGCAGACAAAAUAACAUCUGGAGCUAGCAGUGAUUUAAAACAAGCUACUUCAAUUGCUACACACAUGGUGAAAGAUUGGGGUAUGUCGGAAAGAGUCGGUUUGCGAACUAUUGAAACUUCAAAAGGUAUAUUGGGAAGUGAACCGCUUGGACCAAAUACAGUGGAGAUUGUUGAUGCAGAAAUAAAACGUAUAUUAAAUGAAAGUUACGAACGCGCCAAACUGAUACUUAAAAGACAUACUAAGGAGCAUAAAGCUCUGGCAGAAGCAUUACUAAAAUAUGAGACUCUUGACGCUGAAGAUAUAAAAGCAAUUAUGAAUAAAACGCAAUAAAUAUGUAAUUCUUGUUACCUUAUGAAAUUUUACAACUCCAAAUAAUAAACAAUUAUUUUUUUAUUAAGUUUUGGGUAA